CAUUGAUGAAUAUUGCUUUCACCCACUCGCAAGUGUCCAGAGCCUCUGCUGAGGGGGAGAGCCAUCUUCAGGCACCAAAGAAAAAGGUGGCAAGCAGGAGAGUGGACCAGAAGAACCCUCCGUUUGAGGACUUUAAGGGAACUUUGAUAGAUCAAGACCCCAAAGAUGCUAAAUCUCAUCAACAUUCCGUGAAGAAUCAGAGAGCCUUUGUUUACCAGCCCAGCUCAACAGAACAUGCUCAAGGAGAUCCACCACCACUGACUAAACUGGCUGUAGCACCAGCUGAAAAAAGAGAGGCGUGUGACAACUCAGAGGCUCCGUCUGAGAUCAAAAGUCCGAGGCAGAUGCAGCCCCUUGCCAAGAGCACACAAACUGAAGAAUCCUCUCCAAACCUGACCCAGCCGCCCUGCUUCCCAGAUGGCAGAGGGAACAAGAACAGCUUUGGGCUUGAGAAGAGGAACUCUCCCCCUCCACUGGGAGGAGCAGGAAAGAAGUGGGCAGAGGGCUCUGAAGUGGACCGUGAAGAGGAACUGAAAGAGCUUGGUUGGAUUAACUAUGGGUUCACUACGGAGCCAGUGUAUAGAAAGCUUGAUUGUCCCGUGGAGGAAGGAGUUAAAGUGAGGACUGUAACAGAUGUUAGUUAUAAAGAUGACCCCCGCAUGUACUGCUUUGACUAUGGGAACAGACGUUAUUACCAGCCUAAGAAAGAUCACGAGCAAGCCUACAUGAUGAAGCUGGCAGAAAGCUCUGAGAAGGUGAUUCAGCAACACCUGAGGGAAUUCUUUGGCCUGCUGAGGAUCUUGGUGAACGUGGUCCUCAUUUUCCUUAUUGAGCUGGUCCGCUUUCUCGGCAAGUCAGUGUUCCAGGUCUUGGUGGUGGGCCUGCUGACAACAGCAGGCGAUCACAUUCUUAAGCCCUUCUUGGUCGCCGUGUUUAACAGCCUCCUGCAGCCCCUGCUGCUAUUCCUGUUGAAUGUCCUUUGCAGUGUCAGGAACCUGACUUACCCUCUCAUCGACAUCCUGAAAGGCAUUUGUUUGCAGCUGGCUGUGGUGCUUCAAGCCUUCAGAUUAGUAGAAGUCAACAUACAGUCAGAGACCCCAUUAGCUCAGAAGGUUUAGGCAGGAGACCAAAAUCCCUUGGACAGGCAAUGAGACCAGAUUCACUCUUUGGAUGCUCCUGGAUGUCUUUCCAGGGGCACUAUCCCGCUGGCAGCUUGCCAGCAGCCUGCGCCAACACGCAGCAGAGUGGAGCAGAAUGUAGCCCUCUUCAUUAUGACAACAUGGAUGUGGCCUCCAGACAGUCCGUCUGAGUGCCAAGCAAGACCACCAUUGCAUGCUGGACCCCUAGCAGGCCAUGCAGUCUGCACUGGGUGUAGUCAAGCUGAGGAUGACUAUGUACUGACUACAUUAGGCAAAGAACUGUGCUUGCACUCUGGGGACCCCUGCUCUAACCCCUCCCAACGGGGUUUGUAAUGAGCCAUUUGAAAUCCUAAUGCAUGGGAAGAUUGACAGUGGCAAAGGGACCCAGAUGGCAGAGCGAGGUGGGCAGUGAUGGUUGCUCUGGAAUUGGCCUCCUAGGGGAGGGAAGAAGGGAGAGACCCUUCCUCUGACAGCUCUGACAGAACCAUGUGCAGACCAGGGCAGGCGACCACCCAAACAGGAAAAACAAGUGUAGCUGGAUAGUUCUGUCUAAGGCACUGGACACAAAGCACAGCUGGGCCUGUCUAUAACUUGCUAGUGCCCAGUACGACCUCCCUGUAAAAUAAAAUUCUAUAACCUGGACACGGUAUUCGAACAAGCUUUUAUUCCUCCUC